AACUUCAGAGGCAGUCCUUUUCUCGAGGGAGUGCCUAGCUCUCGAGCCACGUAGGGGAAGGGAAUUCAGACAUCACAGUGCCGUAUUUUACCAUGCGAGCAAGCCUCCGUUCACUGGCUGCUCCCGUUACGCCAUCUUUUAGGCCUGGCCAGCGAGCGCAAGCUCUGGCUUUGCUCCCUCCCAUCCCAUUGUAUCGUCGUCUCCUGCGCAUUCACCGCAAGCGGCUCAAUCCCGAAGAGCGCGUCUUUGGCGACACGUACCUGAAAGCAGAAUUCCGAAGACACAAGGACAUUGAAAACCCAUUGCACAUCGUCGGAUUUCUGACGGAAUGGCAACAGUAUGGCCAGCAACUUGAAGGGGAGGAGUGGAAGGAUCAAAAAAUCGACUCCGCAUUGUUGGACAAGUUGAGUGAUCAACAAGUCGGGCAGAUGUAUGAGCUUAUGUUGGCGAUUCAGAAAAGAGGGAGGGAGAGUGUUGAUGAGGAAGAGGAGGGAGAAAUUUUGAAGGCAAUCGAAGAGGCCAAAGGCUCGGGUAAGACAACGGAGUCAUGAUGAGUCUGGCAGUGUGUGAAUACAGGUUCGGCAGAGGUCCACGUACAAGAAUUGGUGACAUUGCAGAUUGGCCAUCACUCAACCCGUCACAAACGAGGGAGGAGCCAUUGCGAACAACCGUCUCGGAUCGCAAGAACAUCGCUUGUCACCCUUCACUUCACGACCAACCCAACAGGCAUACAAUAUCUUUACAGAAGGCGAUGUCGCGCGAAUAUUAGUCUUCCAGCCGAGUUCCCCCUCCAGACGCUCAUCCAAUUCAACAACCUAGAUUCUACGCUCGAACUCUCGGAGAAAGAACCACAAUACCGUGGAGCCUGCGUAUUUGCACCUGGCCUACCUGCGAAGCAAAAACAAUCGCAACAUGUGCAAGACAGAAGCCUUUAAAUCUCACACCUGCCCACAUCACUGGAUGAGCAUCGUCAAACCAUGUGGCCCAGAAGCAUCCUUCAAGAACCAGACUCAUCGAUAUAAACCCGCAAGAAGUGGCUGGAAAAGACUGGUCCAACCAGAAUACCUCUCUGCGCCGGCCGAUAGCUGUCCAAACUGCGAUCUGAAGGGAGACUACGACGCGGACAAGACACGGAUCAUUCUCAGGAAACCCGGGGAGGCGGGCAAUUUGGGCAAUGGAUACAACAUGACUGAUGGCCGGGGGAGGGCAAUACCAGUGUAUCAUUAUGGGGGAUAUUUCCCGCCCGUGUCAUAUCCUCCGUCUGGGCCUACCGGAGUCUCGAUGGCUCGUCCUAACGGACAGCGGCAGCAGGCCGGGUGUUGCGUUGUGAUGUGAGCCGGCGUUCAAUACUGAGGAAGAGCGGUGCUCAUGGGUCAUACGGCUUCUUCUACUUGUGUGGCGAGCGAAGGGAGUGGUCGCGGGGGUCGUAUAUACAGCUAGAAUGGACUCUCGACGCCGUCUGUCAGCGGCGGCUUCCUCGCAAUUUUACCACAAUCCACCAUAUCAUGCUCUGAGCCUCUGCUUCAUCAAGUGACGGUUAACAAUGUUUACCACUCCCACCUUAUAUACCCA